UUAAAUAGCCAGUUUUGUUUUAGGAGCGUUCAUGGUAACAGCUCGGAAGUAACUGCUACGCACAUACUACAUUUCAUCCAUCUAUCCAUUUUCCUACCGCUUGUCCCUUUCGGCAUUUAUUCUUCUAAAUUUGUAACCAUGUAUGUUUUGAUUUCGUACGCGCUGUUCUACUUUAUAAUACUUUAUGUCGCCGUUCACUUUGUACUCUUCUUCUUUGCGGAUGCUGAUUUUUCUCUACUUUGGGCAAGUCUGCUCGGCCGCAAACCAGAAGCCAAGUUAAAAGGUCAGGUGGCAUGGGUGACAGGAGCAUCCAGUGGAAUUGGAGAAGAACUAGCCUACCAGCUGGCUCGAUGUGGCUCUCGCUUGGUUCUGUCUGCACGUCGAGAGGAUGAGCUGAAGCGGGUGAAGCGUCAAUGCUUGGAGUGUUCCAACCUCAGGGAUGAGGAUAUUCUUGUCCUUCCGCUGGAUUUGUUGGAGAGGACUACCCAUGAAGCAAAAACCAAAGCUGUAAUUCAACACUUUGGAUGGAUUGACAUCCUGAUUAACAACGGGGGCCGAAGCCAGCGCUCUUUGUUCCUGGAGGCCAGUGUGGACGUGUACCAGGCCUUGAUGGAGCUCAACUUUCUGGGUACCAUUUCCCUCACCAAGCAAGUGCUUCCUCACAUGACAAAGCGCGGCAUCGGCGCCGUCGUUACCAUCAGCAGUGUGCUGGGCAUUGCCGGGGCACCCUUGGCUACAGGAUACGCCGCCAGCAAGCAUGCUCUUCAGGGCUUUUUCAAUUCCCUUCGGACUGAGCUGUAUGACCACCCCCGCCUACUCAUCAGCACAGUGUGUCCAGGGCCUGUGCAGUCAUUCAUUGCACACAAUGCUUUCACAGAAGACCUGCACAAGCCUGUGGCCGCAGCUGGCGACCAGACACACAAGAUGCCCACAAGUCGCUGUGCCUCUUUGAUUCUGGCAGGAAUUGCCAACGGUGUGAAGGAAAUGUGGAUUGCUCAGCAACCCUUCUUGGCGUUUUUCUACGCUUGGCAGUAUGCCCCAACAUUGGCCUGGUUCCUGACCAACAUCCUGAGCAAGAAGAGAGUGCAGAAUUUCAAAGCCGGAGUGGAUGCAGACUCUGCAUACUUUGUCAAGCCCAAGGCCUCAUGAAAAGAUGACUUAUCUUGUAAAAUUCUGAGGAUUAAUCAUCAAUUUGAAACAGAUCCCACAUUAGUGUAUUAGAAGUGCUGGAAUGUUAAAAGCACUCUUAGUAAGUCAUGUUUGUGUCUGUUGCUUUAAUGCUCAUGAGCAAUGUUUGUCCCUCCUGCCUGUAGCAGUUAUGUGCUUCAUCUGAUUUGUACUUGCACAUUAGGGAGACGAUAGAAUUGUCUCACCUUUAGUGUACAUAAUCAAUCAAUGUUUACUUAUAUGGCCCUAAAUCACAAGAGUCUCAAAGGGCUGCUGCACAAGCCACAGCAACAUCCUCGGCUCAGAUCCCACACCAGGGCAAGAAAAAACUCAACCCAAUAGGAUGGCCAUGAGAAACCUUGGAGGGAACCGCAGAUAUGGGGACGCGGCCCUAACCACCCCCCCUCCCCCGGGCGACCGAUGCAAUGAACAUCGAGUGUAUCUAGCAUAAUAUUGUGAGAGUUCAGUCCAUAUUGCAAAAAAAGGCUAUCAGCAUAUUUCUCUUAUGUCAUUAAAAAGUUGAUUUUUCAUAGCCUACUUGGUGAAAUGCAAAGCAAACUGUCUUCUUUCAAGAUAUUUUAUUAUAAGUGUAUACAUAUAAAAAUGAUCCAUAUGUACAACACAUUUGUUGAAGUAUUAUUUUUAAAGUUGUAAACGUGAGGUGUAAACAAAACAAUAGCGCUAAAUGCUAAAAACGAUACAUACCAAAGGCACAUCCUUGAUAUCUUAAAAUAAAUGUAUUUUGUGUCCCUUUUUAGCAGACAAGGAGAGGCACAAUCAUAAAUUAAAAACAGGUAUUCUGUGAAAGUCAUAGAGCGGCAAGUUUAUAGUAAAGUAAAAUGCGCCAAUGAACUAAGCUAUUAAUGUGAAUGUUUCCUCUUGUGUCAUUUAAAAUGUAAAUCUUGCAACUUGAUUGUGUUUUUGCUUCUUGUGUUGGACUGAAUUAAAGCACCAUGAUAAAUAAAUCCAAUGAUCAAAAAAACAACCAAAA